UAAAACCAUAUAAAUUAAAUAAAACUGAACUAAAUACAAAUUAAAUAAAUCUCAUAGAAGUACUAAACUAAACUAUAUUAACCAAAUAAUUAUGUAUUAUACUAUAAAAACUCAAAUGGUAAUUUACUGUUCCAUUGAUUUUCCUUUUACCUUACAAAUAUCAACGAACCGAGGAAUUGGGAAUUGGGAAUUGGGAAUUGGGAAUUGGGAAUUGGGAAUUGGGAAUUGGAUUCAAAAGAGCGCGUCAUGCACAACCGUUUAAAUAGCGCGUGGAUAGAAAUAACGAACUGCUGGCUUGGCCGAUCGUGAAGAACUCGAAAUGUUAUGCGCCACCGCAAGUCUCGCCAGAACAACACGUAGCAAAAACUCCGAUAACCGCCAUGACCGAUCAUCUUCACCGGCUCCGUUCAACGACCCAUCUCUUCAAACAAGCUUCCUCCUCCUUCUUCUCCAACUUCUUCACUUUCCUCCUCCUCUCUCUUCUCCUUCUCUCCUUCCGCUUACUCGUCGAAAACGGCACCCACCGUGUCACCUCCUUCAUCGACCAUGACCCCUCUCUCAACGCUCUCCUCUCUCGCCUCGACCCUCCUCCUAACCAAAGUCACCGCGUCGGAUCUCCCGACUCCGAUCGCCGCUUCCGCCGCCGUCAUCCCUUUCUCCACUUCAAACGCGUCGGAACGCUGGACGACGACUUAUUCUCCGGCGACGGAGAUGACGAUCGCAGGCUCUUUGGUGCCGGUAAUGGAUUUUCCCCUAAUCGCAGUUUUGUGAUGUUCACGCAUUUUGACUCGAUGGUAGGGUUUUCGGAUUCCGUGGUCGAUAAUGGGAUUAGCGUUUCGGAGGUUGUUCGCUCUGGAGUUGCAUUUAGAGCUCGGAUUACAUCUUUGGAUGUGAACGAAGAUGGUGCUGAAAAUCAGGAUGAAGGGAAUGGAGAUCUUGAGAGGGAAAAUGUUAACGGUCAACAGGAUAUGAACCGAGUGGUGAAUUUACAAUUUGUUAAAGGAUUGGAGCUUGAUAAUUUGGAAACAGCUGCCCUGUUCUUUAUGGUGAGUUUCUUGUCUGCGGUGUAUGGAUGGGUUAUACUUAGCUUUACUCUUACAUAUACAUUGGUUUUAGGAAUGGUAUUUAUUUCAGUUGUUAAUGACCUAACCGGGAGGUUUAGUUCACUGGUUGGUAUAAUUUGUGAUGGAACAAUGCUGGGGCUCAAACGGCUUUCUGGGUUUAUUAUCAUGAAAUGGGCAGUGAGAGAUGCAUUGACUCAGCUUCUUGGACUAUGGUAUUUUGGUGAGAUUGAAAACAAAUACUCAUUUUUCAAGCUAUUUGUGAGGUUAAAAUUGAUGCCAUUUUCAAUUAUGUCUCCUUGGGUUAAAGGUUUUGAGAAGGAGAUAUCUGGAUUCAUAUCCACAUGGUUUUUGAUGGAUUCACUUCUAGCUUUCCUAUUUGCUGUGGAUGCUUGGGCAGUUCUUGCAGAUUCGAGGCGAAGUGGAAGAGAAAUAGUGAAGGAAGGUUGCUAUUUGUUAUCAAUCAUGUUGAACCAAGCUGUUCAAAUAAAUUGUUUGGAAGCUAUUUUUUGUGGCCCGCUAGUGAGGGCGGUUAUAGGUCGAACUUUGGGAAAAUAUGUUGCCAUGGCUUUCCAGUCGGUCGUGGAGGUUUAUUUUAUGGUUACUUGGUUGGUGUUCUACCUUUCAGCUAGAUGUAGAGACGCCCACGAACAGGGAAGGAGAUUUGGUCAGAGAGAACUAGAGGGUUUAACUGAUGGACUUAGGUAGUAUUAGGUAACUCUAAUGAGUUUCAAAUGCAGGCUCCAAUUGUAUCAAUAUGGGCUUUAAAAUUAAUUCACAUCAAUCUGUAACCCUUGCUGAUGGCCCUCUGAUUGAGAUCACUUUUGUUCUCUGUAGUCCACAGAAAAUUGUUGUGCUACUUGAUACAAGGACAGAAAAUGGAUUAUUUCUGGAGCUGUUUUCCUUUACCUGAAAUAUCUGGAACAAAUCAAGGCCUUUUAUCCUGCCACUGAUUUAGACAUUAUUGAUCAUAAGUGUCAUACUUCGUUGCUUGUUAUAAAUAACUCGACACUUUAUGAUGAUUUCCUCAACUUUUACAUUUCUUCCAUUUAUGGGUAGCAUUUUUCUUUCUUGUAAGAAUAAGACAACAAAAUAUUUACCACGUAUUUGCAUCUUAUGAGAAAUCCAAUCCAGAGUUCCCAUGAACUUAUUUUAAAUUCAACUUGGCCAAUUUACGUUUAUUAGUCCUGAUUUAGUGCAUUAGGUAUGGUGGCAUAAUUACUUGGCUAAAUUUGGGUUGGUCCAUUUACGUCUAUCAAAAUUGGUGUCUAAAUUAACUAUGCAUCGGAAGCUCAUGAAAGAUCAUGAGUCCACGGAAGAAGAGGCCACAAUGAGUCACUAGGAACCUUGAGACUUGAUCCCUCAAGAACAAACCUUGAGACUAUCUGCAUGCAUCAGUUCAAUUGUAUCUGGAUUUCUCUUGCAAAGAAAUUGGCAAUCUUUACAGUUCAUUUGUUUUGGGGGAUUGACCUGAUUACUAGUCAUAUCUGUGAUCUAGAGGCCCUAAUUUCUAUUUCAUUCAAUUCAAUUUAUCACAAGUAAAUUACUAGUCAAGGUAGUUCGAGAUUUUAGAUUGAAUUGUAUGGACAUAAAAUGGAUAACGCCUUUAUAUAUUAUUUAGAUCAUGUCUGGUGGGUCAAGUUUGUGACUUUAAGUAGCUUUGUAUAUGAACAAAAAUAUGCGGUAGACAAAUUUUGUUUGGUGUGUGAAGCAGUAAAAGCUGUCAUUUUGAACUUUCAUAUGCAUAAUUGAGUUCAUAGCUCUGAGAGCUUGUCAAGUCCAAUAUAGACGGAUUCAUAGAUCUAGUAGUCUAGACUAGGAGGGACAGAGAAUGGUGUUCA